CGACAAAAACAACUAUAUUUUCAUUGAUUAAUACCCCAUCUUUCUUCUACCAAUCCUAUCUUUAUUCAUUCAUUCUCCAAGAUUUCAAUCUUUAACAUAUCAACAGAUUAAAGGGUGUUUGUUAUUAGUAAAAAAGAUUGAAUCUUGCACAUGGGUAGUGCAUCAUCUACACUAACUCAAUAUGAUAUUGAAGAUGUUCAAGAACACUGCAAUAAUCUUUUUUCCCAGCAAGAGAUAGUUUCUUUGUAUAAAAGAUUUUGUCAACUCGACCGCAAUGCCAAGGGAUUCAUUUCUGCUGAUGAGUUUCUUUCGGUACCCGAAUUUGCAAUGAAUCCUCUGUCUCAGAGAUUGCUUAAGAUGGUGGAUGGUUUGAACUUUAAGGACUUUGUGAUAUUCUUGUCAGCUUUUAAUCCUAAAGCAAGCAUGCCCCAGAAGAUUGAACUUAUCUUCAAAGUAUACGACUCAGAUUAUAACGGUAAGGUGACUUUCAAAGACAUAAUGGAGGUGUUGCGUGAUUUGAGCGGUUCAUUCAUGUCAGAUAAGCAAAUCGAGGAAGUUUUGAUCAGAGUCAUGGAGGAAGCUGGCUAUAGUAAAGAUUCUUCUCUGUUGUUGGAUGACUUUGUUAAGAUUCUUGACCAUCCUGGAUUGAAGAUGGAAGUUGAAGUCCCUGUUGACUAGACCGAAACUUCAACCACGAAACUGACAAUAUCGACCACUCGUUUACAACUGUUUUUGCUGCCACAAAUGCAGCCUUGGUUAUGAAUAAGGAGAAACUAUGUGCAUAUGUAAGAUUGGAAAUGUGUAAUUAAUGAACUAGUGAAUUUAUGUGUAGAUUGGUGAUAUGUAAUAAUGUUUUGUGGUAUCUCCUUGUAUUUACAUCUGUUUGAUCUUUUUAAUGUAUUAUAAGCAGAAAAUUUAUGUUAUUA